AUGGGAUCCUGCAUAUCUUCUAAUCAUAGGAUACUGAACGAUAAGCAGAUUGCUGGAAUUGGAUUAAAGCACCAUGAAAAGAAAGUUGCAAUUUACAAAAUGUACAAAGAGAAGGCAAAGCAGGCACCUAUAUUAAAAUUACACAUAAAUCCAUUAUAUGUGAAAAGGAUUUCCAAUGAUGUGUCAAGCAAGAUUGGAACAAGCAUUUCUACAACUCAUAUCGAAGAAGAUUAA